CAGAACUAUGUUCAUCGUCGAAGCUCAGCUCCUUCACUUGUGUUCACUAAAGCAUGGAGUAAGCCUUGGCUGUCAUCCAAUGGAGAAAACCCUGGUUGCCUGGUACCAGUUGAGCAAUGUCCUUUUGUUCUAGGCUUGACUGAUGAAAACUCAGAGCUGAUCCUCACAGACAGCGUUAUCAUAACCGAAGGGAUGAAAACCACAGCGAGACAUCUUUUCCUCUUCAGCCGUACCCUUGUUGUUGCCAAACUGAAAUCUGGCACAACAUUCAAAUUAAAAAACAAUGUGGAUCUAAGUGAACUCUGGAUUGUGUACAGUGAGGAGAAAGAAGAAGAUAUGGACACGUCUUGUGGAUUUACUCUCACCUGUGGAAAUGCCAUCAUUUUGAGGUGGUCCACCAAUGCCUGCAUUGCAUCCUUCAACUCACUCAGUUUGAAAGAACUUUGGCUGGAUACCAUUCACUGGCAAACUAGAGAAAUCAAAGGCGCAAAAAUCACAAAAGUUGCAUCAAUUAAAUUCCUGAUGAAGGUGUUAAGCAGUUGCAAUGCACCCAAAACCUUAGAUGUGAGUGAUAUGGAGACUUUGAUUGGAUGCCAGUCAGAGGUUGACAUCAAGAAAUGCCACUUGUUCAUGCCCUGUGACACUGAAGAUGGGCUGUGUCAUCUAUCUGAGAGUAAUAAGAAAAGAAAGAAAGUAAUAUCUUGGCCAUUUCUGAUGAGGCGCAUCAGCACUGGACCAGAGACCUUGGGACAAUUAGAAUCGGAUUUGAAGCCUUCUCUGUUUGACCAGCCAUUGUCAAUGGUUUGCAACGAGGAGGAUAUGCUGCCCAAACCAAUACAGGAUAUCCUUACAAUACUCUUCCUGCAAGGUCCAUACACUGAAGGAAUAUUUCGGAAGGCAGCAAAUGAGAAGUUACGCAAAGAGCUGAAAGAAGAGUUAAACUCUGGAGGAAAUGUUGCCUUUGAGAAGGCCUCUGUGCAUUUGUUAGCAGUGGUUUUCAAGGAUUUCCUCAGGAACAUUCCCCAUAAACUCCUGCUAACUGAGCUUUAUGAUGACUGGAUGACAGCAGUGGAGAAAAUGGGCCAUCGUGAAAAAACUGAAGCAAUAAAAGAGGUUGUAAGCAAGCUACCAAGACCAAAUCUUCUUUUGCUGAAACAUUUGCUUUGUGUGCUGCAUCACAUAAGCAAAAGCUCAGAGAUCAACAAAAUGGAUUCUAGCAAUCUAGCCAUCUGUUUUGGCCCAACCAUGUUGACUUCAGAUUAUGACAGAAGUCUGCCUCUUGCAGCCCAGAAAGAGCAGACAGAUAAGGUAAAGACCCUAGUGGAGUUCCUCAUUAACAAUUGUUCUGAUAUAUUUGGAGAAGAAAUCUGCUUGAUGUUCAGUAAUUCUGUUGAUGAUUCCCUGGACAAAUCAGAAAUGCUAUCUGCAAGCCAGUUACAUGAUUCUGCAUAUGACAGCACAGACCCUGAGGGAGAAUGCAGCUCCAAUGAUCUCCAGCCUAACAAUCUACCAAAAGCAAACAUGGCAGCUAGCAGACCCAGCAGCAGAGAGUUAUAUCCCCAACGAGUACUAGAACAAACCUCCCCUGUCUCCUCCCUGACCCAUUUUAAAUUAUCUAUAAGCAAACUGGACAGAAGAUACUCCGAACCAGACAUGUUCUCUUCUAAAAGUUCUCGGGAAAACUGUGUGAGGGGUCAGAAGUUAACCAAAAGUGAGGAGAAUGUUAUUCAGCAAGAGGAAUUGGGACUGAAAUGUCAAAAUUUGAGAAUGCACAUGAUAGGGGAACCUCCUCUUCCGGGUCUCUAUCGAACCAAAAAACCACUAAACCUUACUAUCAAAGCCAGUUUGCACUCAGAACUGUCAAGUGGUUCCUUACCCAGAACAUCCUCCAGCAGUUCACUAGACAGCCUCACCUCAGUCUCAGACAAUUCAGUCUUCUCCAGCUCACCACUAGCAUCACCUUCCCUCUUCAAGAAUAAUGCCCUGAUUCAACCACAGUCCUUGUCUACCAAUAUUUCAGAAGGAAGUGGCACACACAUCGGAGAGCUAAAGAAACAUUCAGUGUCAUUUUUGGCAACAACCCGCAGGAAACUAGUAACAAAAACGCAAAGUUGUAGCCUGGGUGGCUCUCAAAGGGACAGUUUCAAGACAGAGUCCAAAAAGGAGAGGCAUCUUUCCUGCCGGAUAGUCCAAGCAACUUACGUUGAUAAAUGCAAGCCAGUGGUACCUGUGGAAUAUCAACACAGGUCUCGUUUCAUGUCAGCAGAGGAAGUGUUUCAAUUUGUGGAUCGGCGAAAUCCUGGAAAGCCCCCAUCUUAUGAAGAGGCAACCAAAAACUGCACAGCUGCUAGACUUCCUUCCUAUGGCAGUUUAGCAAUUCAAGAUACGAGACCUAUCAAAUCAUUUCCAGAUUCUGAGCCUCAACAUUCAAGGCUUGACAAAGAGGUUACAAAUAAAGUAUAUAAGGACUUUUUAAGCAGCAGACUUUCUGUGAUCAAUAAUCCUAAGGACACUCCGCCAGCUGUUGAUUUUGUCAUUGGAAUACAUCCCCGGGCAAAUAUACCCCUCACUCCUCAAGUCUACCGUCUUAGGACCAUGUCUGGUUCUUACCAAAAAAGCAAACAAGAAUAUUUGGUGCGACGGUGCAGUCAGCCAGCCUUUGACUGCAUUCAGUGUGCAAAGGAGUCCUAUGUUUAAGUUCAUCUGUUCCACCAGUGAUGUAAACACAAGUCUUCGACUGCCCUUAAUACAGUAUAAGUUUGUUUGUGUUUUUAAAAAUGCCAUUUUUAAUUGUAAUAUGGAAUGUGUAUUGUCCAAUUACAAAUCUGUAAAUCUUGUAUAUAUGUAUGUAUCUAAGUUUAUAAAUUUGUGUGAAUUUUUAAAAGGCAUGCUUUAAAGAUAAGCAAAAAGAUUAGGAGAAUCUAUCCUGUUCUGCUAGACUUCUUACAAGAUGUGAUUUAUUGCUUUCCAUUGGAAUACCUAGAGAGGACUACAGUCCUUAUAGAAAGCAGUGUCUCUGCUUUAAUAUGUGUCAACAACCUUAAGAUGUUAUAGGUGCUUGUCGCCAAAGUUUCCCCAGCAUAUUGACCUUAGGAUGUGUUGGACUACAAACAUCAUAUCCUGAAAAAAUAUGGUAGAAAUAAUUAGUAGUCCAAGAAAAUGUCAAAUUGGGGAGAUAUGCUUUUAGCUCAUAUCAUGUGUAGUGUUUGACCUUCAUAAGAAGAACGGGAUUAAAAGGUUGCAGAGUUUUUCUAGCUAAAACCACUUUUACUUAUUUCUUAGCCAACUCAGAUAUGACAUUAAACUGUAGAAACUCA